UGAGACAGACUGUGUUGGUUCAAUUGAUGCAUGCUUACUAGCCAUCACCGUGUAAUGCCACAAUUGAGAAUGUUUUGGGGUACUGCGUGAACUUUUUUAUACCGUGCUGCAAAUCUUGAGGAGUCAGUGCUGCAAUUAUUGAAGGAAUUUGCAAAACCACUGGAUGGUUUAUGUAUUAUUGGCAGGUUAUCAAGUGAUGUAACAGAACGACACCUUUUUAAAACAUGCGCGCAAAGUGCUUGCUGAUCAGGAAGGCAAGGCAGCGGACUGGGCGACCAGCUGUGAAGACAGGAAACAGUAACAACAUCAUCAUCCUCACCAGCACUAAACAGAAACAACAGACUCUGAAAGCACACAUGCAGAUGUUGCAGUUGUAUCUUUACAACUAACUAAUUUUAUUUUAUUGACAACACCGACGAAGGGCUGUUUUUCCCUCGUUACUGAUCUAACCACAAAAUUAUGGCAGUCGUACUAAACCGACACGUCGUGCUUCUUACUUUUGCAUUUACUCGUUUUUGUUCAGCCUGCAACAUUGUUGCAAAUCGGGACGAUCACACUGGAGAUAUCCCAACAAUUGCCAAGUAUUUUGGGACCAAGACCAGAUACGAAGAGGUCAAUCCAUACCUUUUGAACGACAUACUUUUCGUCAACAAAACUCCCUUGCGGCUUCAACAGGACUGCAGUCCGGUGCACAUCAGCGCUGUCAUCAGACAUGGCACAAGGUACCCGACCGCCAAAAACGUUAAGAAGAUGAUAGCCAUUUACAAUUUGGCUGAAAAAAGGAAGCAUAGAGGCCGGGGCUUGGUGGAUUAUAUAAACCACUGGGAUAUGUGGUAUAACGACACGAUGGAUGGGCAGUUAGUGGAAAAGGGCAGAGACGACCACAGGAAUCUGGCUGUUCGAUUGGCAACUGCGUACCCAUCACUGUUCAGUGAGGACAGUUUCAGAGACUGCCGCAUGAAGUUCAUCACUAGUUCCAAGCACAGGUGUGUGGACAGUACCCUCUCAUUCAUCGAGGGGCUGGUGAAGAAGUACUGGAAAAUGCAGGACAGGAGAAAGGAUAUGCACUGCCAGCUUGAAGUCAAUGAUGAGCUGAUGAGAUUCUUUGACAAAUGCGAGAGGUUUGUCGUUGAUGUGGAACAGAACAAGACUGCUUUGCAGCAGGUGGAUCUGUUCAAGACUAAACCAGAGAUGCAGGGGGUGCUGGACAAAGUGGCCAGUCUACUGGACAUAGCAGCCAGUGACAUCACAGCAGACUUGGUUGAAGCUGCCUUUUACAUGUGUUCUUAUGAGCUUUCGAUUAGAAAUCUGAGCUCGCCAUGGUGUCAACUUUUUGACCAGGAAGAUGCUAAGGUUCUCGAAUAUGCCAAUGACCUCAAGCAGUACUGGAAGAGAGGCUACGGGCAUGAGAUCAACAGUAAAUCAAGCUGCUGUCUGUUUCACGACCUCUUCAAACGCUUGGACAAGGCUGUUGAGGAGAGUGAGAGGUCAGGUACGGUCUCUGAGCCCGCAGCUUUCCAGAUUGGCCACGCUGAGACUCUCCUCCCACUGCUGUCCCUCAUGGGCUUCUUUAAGGAUGAGACACCACUGACUGCUGACAACUUCGCCCAGCAGGGGGGGCGUGUGUUCCGAACAGGCCACAUUGUGCCCUACGCCGCCAACUUGGUUUUCAUUCUUCACCGAUGCGAGGAGAGCCACCGACUUCAGCUACUGCUCAAUGAGAAACCCCUGUGCUUCCCCAACAUGGACAAUCCAGCCCCAGAGUAUCAGCAUGUGAAGAAUCUUUACAGCAACCUGCUUGAGGGGUGCGACUUCAAGAAAGAAUGCAAACUUCCCAGCGCCAUUGGAGCUGUUAACCCAAUCAUCCAUGAGCUGUGAUCAAUCGACCCCCCCAACUUCAGAAUGGGAAGCGGGUCAUAUUGAGGGCACAGGCUCUUGUGAAAUAAAUGAGCAACUUCACGGUUUUUCAGCUCACAGAAAAAGCAGUGUGUUGUCUUGAUGCAAGCAUGAGACUGCUUUUCAUUGUCCGACAUGUAAACCAUUUAUCUAAGAUUCCCGGGGAACAGGCUUUUAACUAUGCGCUGCACAUGAAAAUGGUUGUCGGGAUACAGGUUUGAAAGGAGCAAAAUGAAGCAAGCUGACCCCACUGCCUGUAUCUCUGUAUCUGAAUAUAAAAUAAAUAGUUGAUUGUUUUGGUGCUCAUAAAAAGUGUUGAAGUUGCUAAUAAUUUUCACAAGGGGAAGUUUUAGCUUUAUCAAUUACUUUUGCAAUUUCAGAGUUCUUAAGAAAGCUCUAAAUUACAUUUUUUUCAAAGGCUGCUAUUUCACUUUUAGAAAUAUCAUCCAAAACAAAGUCUGUGGUUGUUUGGUUUUUUUAACGUGCAAAUUCUAGUUUACCACUAAUUCCAAAGCCUAGGUAAUGAGUUUUUUUUUUUUUUUAGAAACUCAUUGUAUUUUUAAGUUUUUUUUUUCAAUAAUAAAUAUAACUAGAACUUCCAGGCAGUUUUACGGCUUCCAAGCUCAGUACCAGUUUGACAUUUUGGCAGCACAAGUGUCAGCAACAGAUGAGUUUAAUGGAGCAGUUUCAAUUCAAAAUAUUGCUUUAGUUCAUUAUCUCACAAUGCGUUAUAACUUUAAACACCAUGGUAACCAUGACCCUAUCUACACACUGUAAGGAGUUAAAAGCUAAUUUUACAUUUGACCUUAGAGAGGUCAAAGGUCAUAGGUAAGGUGAUUUUUGGAUAGAGCAUAUAUGGGUUCCUAUCUGUGUACUAUAGUAACCAUUAACCUAUCUACACUGUAAGGUGUGUGGCAAUGUGCCCCGCCCCUGUGUGCAUAUUAUGUGUUGUAUGUUGCGUGUGUGUGUUAAUGUUGGUGUAUAGAUUGGUACACGGGAUAUAAACGGGUCUGUGUUUCACGUGUGAUUUAAAGAUGUAGAUUUAUAUUUAGGCACGAGGAGGGCACAAAUCACUUCACGUGCUGGUUAAAUGUAAUAUAUGAGCACGGGGUUGCACGUAAUGAAUUCACGUGCUGGGAUUCAAGUGAAUAAUUAAUUCGUAAUUGAAUCCCAGCACAACAGUAUAUAUAGAGACACGUAGCAUUCACUCGGUGUUGGGUGUUCGAGAGUGGAGAACGGGUGAGAGAGAAGGAGAACGUAAAGUGAAGUAAAAUAAUAAUCUAUAAGUGUUUGUACUCACCGUGUUUGUUUGUCUCCAUGCACCGUUUGUUAAGUGUUUAGUACGUUUUGUUUGUCUAUUUAUUUUGGCGCAAGUGCCGUGUCCCGUGUUGUGUGUUUAAAACCUUUUAUUUUCUGUUCUGUUUAUUAAAUGCUGAGCGAAAAGCAUUCGCUCAGCUCCACCAAA